AUGAUUACUAAAUACUUCACUAAAGUGUCGGUUAAGUUUGAUCCAUUUACGGCUAGUUCCAGAUCAGCCAGAUUAUUUCUUUCGAGGAUUCCACCUUCAAUGAAAGGUGCAUGUAAAAUAGAUUACAAAGUGCUAACAGCAAACUCACCAGCAUCAGAGAAGCCAUUAGUAGAAGUGACAUUCAAAGACAAGCAUAUGAUGCAAGCAGAUCCAGAAACAAUGAACUUCAAGGAUUUAAGUGUAUACUUUGAUAGUCAUUCCAGACAGUUAGCGAUUAAAGAAGCCAUAUCGGAUUGA